AGAAAAAGAAAAUAAAAGUAAAUCCUAUAUAUAUACAAUCAUCAUGAGCUCCGUCACAGAGCUAUUCAAGAACAACCCCGUGAACCGUGACCGUAUCAUCCCUCUAGAUUUCACCAACACCAAAACGUUACCCAACUCUCACGUCUGGUCCAUAACCGAACCCGAGCCUAAAACCAUGUCCCUACCCAUCCCCGUCAUCAGCUUGUCCAACCCGGAUCAGCAUGUGCUACUAAGACAGGCCUGUGAGGAAUGGGGUGUGUUUCAUAUCACAGACCAUGGGGUCCCACGCUCGUUACUUCACAACGUUGAGUGCCAAAUGAAGAGGCUUUUUUCUUUGCCCAUGCAUCGUAAGAUCCUAGCCGUCCGAUCACCCGACGAGUCCACUGGUUACGGUGUGGUUCGGAUCUCCAUGUUCUAUGAUAAGCUCAUGUGGUCUGAGGGAUUCUCCGUCUUGGGUUCCUCUCUUCGGCGUCACGCUACACUCUUAUGGCCCGACGAUCAUGCCGAGUUCUGCAAUGUGAUGGAAGAGUACCAGAAGGCGAUGGAUGAUCUAAGUCUUAGACUAAUAACCAUGUUGAUGGGCUCGUUAGGGCUAACACAUGAAGAUUUGGGAUGGCUUGUACCAGACAAAACUGGUUCAGGAACCGACUCAAACUCAAUCCAAUCCUUUCUACAGUUAAACUCUUACCCAGUUUGCCCUGACCCUCAUCUAGCCAUGGGGUUAGCACCUCACACAGACUCCUCCCUACUCACCAUUCUCUACCAAGGCAAUAUUCCAGGUCUAGAGAUUCAAAGUCCACAAGAAGAAGGGUCGAGAUGGAUUGGAGUAGAGCCAAUAGAAGGUAGUCUCGUUAUCAUAAUGGGAGAUUUAUCGCAUAUCAUAUCCAAUGGACAGUUCAGAACAACGAUGCACCGUGCGGUGGUAAACAAGACGCACCACCGUGUCUCAGCCGCUUAUUUCGCCGGCCCACCAAAAAAUCUUCAGAUCGGGCCGUUGGCAUGCGACAAGAACCAUCCUCCAAUUUACCGGCGUUUGCUAUGGGAAGAGUACCUUGCAGCCAAAGCAACACACUUUAACAGAGCCUUGACUUUGUUCCGUUGCUGACUUUUUUUUUUGGUUUCCUAGUUUCCUAGUUAAAUUUUAAUCUCUUCAAUAAAAGUUUUGUUUUUUUCGUAGUAUUGUUAUAUUAAGGUUAAUGUUUUGGUUUCAUUGAUUAAAAACCAAUCUUCAACGUGAAGUUAAGAAUUGUUUUUCGUAGUUAAU